ACUAGUCAGGAACCGGUGUGAGAGAAGAGAAGGCUGCAGCGGCAGCGGCUGGAGCGACUGCAAGCAGCCCAAGACCGGGUUGUACUUCCAUAGCUGUCUUGCGUUACGGAGAGUGGUUCUGGAAGCUCACGGCUUCGGCGCAACCAGGAUAAGAUUUAGGCGUACAGCUGUGCAACGCUGGCAAAGACGACUGUUGUGGUUGCGUUCGACGUCUCCUUCUUACACCGCUGAAACUGAGGACCUGCAUGCUCCAGAGGAUUCAGAAGGACGACGUCGACGAGGUGCUCUGCCAGGACCGUCCGCCGAGGGCGGCGCGACUUGGUGGUCAACCUGACUGACUGACCGACCAGUCUUGUGGAACGUCGCGAAGAUUUGAACCCCCCUCCCCCAGGUCCUAGACUGGGAGUACCGUCCUUCCACGACUUCUCUGGAGGUCGUCGUAGCUUGAAGAUAGGACAGUCGAUUACUUCGUGGCGUCAAACGCCGUUGGAUCAGAUGAUCCUUUCUUGGUCGCUUGCAAGUGUGAAACGGCUCUGUGAGUGAAGACCGUCCAAGACACCGUAGCGCGCACGCGCGCGAUCUGUUUACUGGUUCGUGUCACCUCGACUUUUCUCAGAGGUGGGUGUGUGUGCGUGUGUCUGUGAUGUCGUUGUGACGUGCGAACACUCUGGUUCUUCAGCCUUCCACACUUCCCGUCACCACCUGCGGCUGCUUUUGUGGGCCCUUGCAGAAAUCCGUUGGAAUUUUCAGCACAACUCUCUGUCUCUCCAGCGUGAUUCCGUUUUGCGCUUGUCGCGAAGUGGUCGUGGCAGACUUGAUCCCGAUUUGAACGUGCAAAGAUUCUGUUAUUGAUCGUGCCUGGGAUAACGGCGUGAAACCAGUGUCACACGCCCCCUCUUCACCAUCGUAACCCACCAACCCCUUCAGGCCUGAUCGGUCAUGGGGUCGCCAGUGGGAUUCGAACUCGCAACCACGGGACGACCGACGCGCUGUCGUCGCUUCUUCCUCGUGGCAGCCCUGGUACUGACGUUGUCCCUGACGGCCGACGCAUGGCCCACUCUGGAUUCGACGACGCUGGAUUCUAACGGUAGUGACGCCGCCGAAGCCUCGGUCGUCCGCGGUGCCACGGGUCUUCCCGUGGUGUGCGCCUGCGGAGCGGACGUGUCCAAGUGUCCGGCCGGCAGGACGGCCAAGACGCCGAGCCGGUGUCCGCCAUGCGGUCUAGUGUGCGCCCGACACACCGGCGAAGCCUGUUCGCUCGACGAACCAUGCGCCAAGGAUUUCGGCCUCUCCUGCGACCCCGUCUCGUUCACCUGCAAAGGAAAGCUGCUCAUUCAGAAGACGGCGGUUACGCACAAUUCGGUGACGCUGCAAUGGCGGAUGCGACAGUACCCGACCCCGUACCCCGGUGUGUUCUACACGCCACGAUACGUCGGAUCCGACACCAGGUGGACAAACGCGGAGCCCAACGAUCAUUCUGUGACGCUGAAGAACCUGAGGCCCAACACGGAGUACGUUGUGAGGAUCAUGCAGGACGGCAACCAAGAGAUGAUCGUCGUCCGGACAAAAGCAUCUGAGACAGUCUUCAGUUCAAAGGAGUGCGCUUCCUACCGUGGCCCUUUCGGUGCCGGCAUCGACAACAUGCCGACGCCCGCUGCAGCCAAGGUGCUGGUGACCCAGGUAACGCCUAGCAGCGUGGGACUGGCUUGGGACGACUUCAAGAGCCCCAGCUACGACUCCGGCUACGUAGUCCAGCACAGGCUGCUGACCAACCGCGACGACGCCCCCUGGGAGCAAGAACAGGUCAGUUUGACGUAG